AAAAAGACACCAACGGAGAUGCUCUGUGGGUUUGGUGUUAUCCAUCCGUGACGGCUGAGCUGAGGACUCUGCUGCUGAGAAAGUGCUGCCUUACAGAUGAGAACAAAUUGCUCCACACCUUUGUUUUUGGCCAGUAUAAAAGGUCUUGGUUCUACAUCACAACUGUGGAAGUUCAGGAUUCUCCAGCUUUGAAAAAGGUGACUCACUUCUCCAUCGUCCUGACGGCCAAAGACUUCAACCCAGAGAAAUAUGCAGCCUUCACGAGGAUACUCUGCAGAAUCUACCUGAAGCAUGGAAGCCCAGUCAAAAUGAUGGAGAGUUACAUUGCAGUCCUUACAAAGGGCAUCUGCCAAAGUGAAGAGAAUGGAUCUUUCCUCAGCAAGGACUUUGAUGCUCGGAAGGCUUACCUUGCUGGUUCCAUCAAAGAUAUAGUGUCUCAGUUUGGAAUGGAAACAGUUAUCUUAUACACAGCACUGAUGUUAAAGAAGAGAAUUGUAGUGUACCAUCCCAGAAUAGAAGCAAUCCAGGAGUUCACCAGGACUUUGCCUGCUUUGGUGUGGCAUCGACAAGACUGGUCAAUUCUGCAUUCAUAUGUUCAUCUAAAUGAGGAGGAAGUGGAAGCCUUAAAAGCCUGCACAGGUUACAUUGCUGGAUUUACAGAUUCUGAAGUGAACAGCAGACCAGACCUCUAUGAUGUGUAUGUGAAUUUGGCAGACAGUGAGAUCACUGUUUCCCCUGUAGUAAAAGAGGCAAUGACAAUGGGAAAACUUCACAAAGAAAUUGGACAACUGAUUGUUCAAUCUGCAGAAGAUCCAGACAAAUCAGACAGCCAAGUCAUUAAGGACAUUUCUCUGAAGACAAAAGAAAUCCUGGCGACUUUAGCCUCACUUACUGAAGUUUCUGAUGGCAAUGAAAAACCAACCCUCAACCCUGAGGCCCUGAAACAAAAGAGAUUUCCACCAGCCACAGAAAACUUUCUUUUUCAUUUAGCAGCUGCUGAACAGAUGCUCAAAAUCUGAUUUUUGAUGCACUGCAGUGUUAUGGACCAAGUCAGAAAUACUGUCUUUGCCAUACAGACAGGUAUACCUGGAAUUUUAUAGGGAAAAAUUAAAGGUAUAGAGUGAAUGUCAUAGUUA